AUGGGUCCCAGCCGCGAUGACUACCCUCUAUUCCCUGGGGUAAAGGGAUUCUGGAUUCAGGUUCUUGACAAGAACGGAAACAGCCACAAUCUCAGCUCCUUGGCGUAUGACAAAAAGAAUCAUGAUCUGGCGUGGUAUCCUCUCAAACGGCAGACCAUUGACCAGCUGAAACAGCAAAUACUGAGCGACGACCUAUCCUUGGAUCCUAGUGACUAUGAAGCCUACGCGUAUGAAGGCGCAGACACUGCCUUAGAUGAUGAAGACGUCAUCGAUGAUCUAAAUGUUGGGCUCAGGAAGAAGAAACCUCUAACCUUUGCCGAAAUCCGCAACGACAGCGACAACGAUGAUGAAGACGAUGAGAACAGUUCCGGAAAUGGGGACGACAGCGAAGACGCCGAAGAAGAUUCCGAAGAAGAAGAAAGCAGCAGCGAGAGUGAAUUCGAAGACGAUGACCAAAGCACCUACCACUGCGAAAACACUGGCAGCAGCGAUCCCUACCGAAAUUUCACCAGGAGGCUGCAAUGCAUUACGAAUGGUGACUGGUCUGUGUAUCCUGAGUCUAUCCGCGGCACUUACAACGGCGAGAUAUUGUGGACCGACGGCAACCAGGCCUACGCCGUUGGCACCAUGCCAGCAUACAUGGUAGUAAGGAGGAGCCCUUCCGUUCCUACUGGGCCUGUGGUCGAUGUUGGUCGAGCGGCGGCAAACCCAUAUUACUUUAGGUUGCUGGAUUAA